AUGUUGCCUUCUUCCACGGUGGGCGGAUCAGCGGGGGACCAGCCGCCUCAUUCGCGGCGUCAAGACGGGAUUAUUGUCACAGGGGCAGCGGCGGCCGCGGCGGCGGCGGGGGCGGCGGCAAGCAGCGGCCCGGUGGGGGGGGGGCAUGGAGGAAAUGUCCCCGCCAUCCCCCCGACACCUUCCAGCACCACAAGCAGCGGCGGCCACAGCACCAGGAGCGGCGUCCGGGGGGGGAGCGUCAACCUCGGGGGCCGGUCGGUGUCGCCGAUAGGGAACGGCAGGCGGAGGCAGUCCCCUCUGGCGAGGCCCCAGGGGGGAAGCAGCAGGGGCGGCGGGGCGGGGGCGGCUCCGAGGGGUGCUCAGUUCGCGUCUGCCAUGCCGCACGGGCUGACCGUGCAGGAACUCAAGGAGUUGACCAAGAUACGUCUCGCGAGGGAGGCGCUGACCGCGCCGGCUCAGCCUGCCUCCUCCGCCCUCCCGGGAGCACAACAAGAACGGAAUAACCCUUGCUCCGACGGCGGCGGCGGCGACUUCGGCCGAGGGCGGGCUGUCUCGCCGGCUCGCAGCGGCGACCUUGGGCGGCGCCGCGGGGGGCACGCGGACAGCCGGAGCCCGGUGCCUCGCUCGAGCCCUUCCACGCCGGGCGUGGAGGAUCGGCCGCAUCGUCGCACCCGGCGGGGUGGGCGGCGGGGACGUAACAGGUCGCCUCGUCCCAACGGCCAGUACUCCCCCAAGCUCGGCGGCGAAGACAGUCACCAACACCGCGACCUCCGCCACCACCUCUACCACGAUGGCUACUCUAGCGCCAGCCCUUCCCCCAGGAUAAGGCGGAGCAUGUCGGACCCCUGGGCCUACGCCGACGACGACGAACACCCUCGCUCGUCCUCACAGCCUCGGGCGGUGAGCCGGGACGAUAACCAAGUGGCCUCUGGAGAAGUAAGCGGCGGCGGGUCGAUUGGUCCGGCUCCCGCUGCGAGCGGGGUUGGAAGGGGGGGCGGGGCGUCGAGCGGAGUUGAGCGGGGGCCGACGGAAGCAGAGGCAGCUGCAGCAGCUGAGAGAUUGUCUGCCAUCAGCUGUCCGGACCUGACUCUCGAGGCCAAGGGCCACCCCACUUCCGGCGGCGGCGGCGGCGUUGGAGGCGGUUUUGGAGGCCCGCACGGCGGAGGAUCAGGAAGAGGCCUUCCUACCGAGCAGCAGCCACCGAGCACCAUGCUGCCGGAAGCAGCGUCCAGCUCCUCUGGCCGGCGCCCUGUGUCCAUGCCGUUGCCAUCGGCCGGCGGCAGCGGGCAGUCGUCGUCCCUCCUGAUGAUGGGAGACGAGCUCUGGGCGCAGGAGUUCAGAGACCUGCGGAGGCAGGACGGCGCCGCCGGGGGUGUGCGUGGGUCUUCUGCGGAUGCCGGGAUUACCGCCGGUGAUCACCAUGACCGCGGCGGAGGGCGGGACCGUGACCCGCUUGAGCGGGCGGCGGGUGGUUGGUCCGGGGAUCGACCGCGGUCGCUGCAUCACCUGGACGGUGGGCAACUCGCGGAGGAACGCCGGCGUUUCGCGGAAGAACAGGUUCGAGAGAGGGGUCCCGGCGGUAGCACCGCCCGCGUCCACGGCAUGAUCGGCGGCGAGCGCUUGACCCCCCUCAGCGGUUUCGAAGAGUCCGACGCCAGCGCGUCGCACGCCCGGCGCUUCUACCAGGAGCAGCAGCACCAACGGCAGUACCACCCGCACUCCUACCCCCGCAUGCAGCGGGCGAGGAGCGAUGGCCUCGUGGCGGAGUCUGUUCUGGUGACGCCGAGAACCGCCGCGGCUGACGGGUCGUGGAACAAUGCCGCCACCAGCACCCAGGAAAUCGCCGCAGGAGCGGCAGAGGCGGCGGUGGUGCCCCCGUGGAAGGGAUCCCAGGCCGGACACUCGCAGCAGCAGCAGCAGCAGCGGCAGUACUCAAACGCUUCGCCGCACCCCUUUCACGCCACGGGAGACACCCGCGGCUUCGAGGAGGGCGGUGGCAGCGACGGCGGUAGCCGCCCCCGCCACACCCCUGGCGGUGCUCGACACAAUUACAGCGCGGCUGCCACAAGCCGGGCGGAGAAAAGUCACGAGCCCGCCGCCGCGAUGUUCCGGCGUACGCAGGAGGACGCCCACCCAACGUCCACCACGGCGAAUCGCGACAGCAGCAUCAACCACCAGACCGGUGGGUAUCCCGGAUGGAGCAGCGGCAGCGACGGGGGCGGAGGGUUCGUGCCUGGAGGGGCUGAUAGCGUCGGCCGCGCGUCCCCGCUUAGCGACAGUCCUCUCGUUACCGGCCUCUCGUUCCCGCUCGAGUUCGCCGGGUAUGGCGGCGGUGGCGGCGGUGGUGCCCGGGUGUUCGGCAGGACGGGAAGCGAGGGUGCUCUGAGCGCGCAUGGUAGCGGUCCCGGCGCCGCCGUCGCCGCCAUUUUCUCCGCUACCCGCAGCGAGGGCAAUGCCGGGAGCGAUGACGGCGGGCAGGGGACGUCCGCCACCGCCGCCCCCGCCGGCUUCACCGGCAGCGCGGCCGGCGAAGGCGCGGGUCGAGGGUUCGUCUCCGGCUUGUUUGGUCUGGACACGGUCGGCGGCGGAGUUGGGAUCGGGUCCUCGCCGUCGUCUCACAACAGCGCCGGUCCCGUGGAUGCUGCUCCUGCGAUGAUGCCGCAGCAGCUCAACCUCGGCCGUGGCUUCGGCGGGGGCGGCGGCGCAAUUGGCUCGGGAAUGGACCCGCCGCUCCACGUGGACACCAACAGCCUGUUUUCGUCGUUCGGACAGCGGGGGAGUGACUGGAGCGGCGGCGACGUGAGGCCCUCCGGCCACCGUCAGAACAGCAGCGUCUCCUCCACUCCCGUUGGGGGAGAGCGCGGCGGGGCUGUAGGCGGCGGCGGCGGCGGCGGCCCCGUCGUCGCCAUCGGAAGCAGCGGCAACAGUGCGUCCAACCCGGCAGCCGGUGCCGCCGCCGACAGUUCAGCUAGCCCUUGAUGCCGGUAGCGGGGUGUGGUCGGGCUUGAUUGACCUCUUGGGUGCGCCCGAAAACAGCGGGAGCGACGCAGUCGGGUUUUCGCGUGGUCCAUGGACGUCACGCGGUGCCCGGGAAGUCGUUAACGAUGACUGAACCCAGUCUCAAACGUUAUUUGGCCACCCCGUCUGAAGGGCCGUGGGAAGAUCGUGAAACCGCUGGAGGCCAUUGAACUUGAAGCCCGAGGGGCAGUCAAGUGUUUCUCUGUCUUGGGGGUUUAUUUUUUGGGGGUUUUAGAGGCGGCGCAGGGGUGUUUUACGCUCUCGUCUCUUUUGCGCUUGACGGAGCAGUUUGGCGUGCAUGCCACUUUUGGCGAUGAAGAGCAAAGAGGGUGGUUAGACUUUUUUGUUGCUUUUUGUUCCGUGUGUUGCAACGUGUUCCGGGGGGGGGAACGCCGAGGUGGUGGGCGAGAGGGGUGGCUUGUGGAGUCUGUGGGUCUUGUUUUUGUUGCUGCUGGUUUGUUGUGGUGUGCUUAUUUGUUUUGCAUGAACGACGUGCGCCAUUGAAGAAUCAGCAACUGAAAGAUGCGAAGCUGAACAUGACAGUUUCUUCUCAAGGUUUCUUGCAUUGCGCAACGCCAGUUGGGAUGAUCAGAGCUACUUGCCCUGUCCACGAGAGCAAUCGCGUCUGUUGCGGCUCUCCCGAGCUCGGACACUUGCGAGGAAGAACUGCAAGCAUUGGCACCAUUGUAUCCUCAGUGUGGUUGCUUUUCUGCAAGCGAUCCGCUCGGUCGAACGUAGCUCGUGGGAGCAAAUGGGCUAUCUGAGGGGUUCAACCGCCGUACAAGCAAGUUGGUCUUCAGCUAUAUGGACCAGCGAAGGGAAAGCUUGCAGUGAAAUUGCGGUUCGUAGUUAUUUCAUGGCGUAUUGUUGGCGUGCCGAGCGAUUGUGAUAAGAGGCCUGUGCGGUGUGUCCUUCUCCUGCACGGAACUAGACUGCUGCACCCCUGCCGUCCGCGUGCUAUGUUGUUGUAUUUCGUAUUUCGUGCGAUCUUCUCUUGUUGUGUGUGGUGUUGUGGUGGGGAUCUGGAGAGCAUAAAAAGACGGCGUGCGAUGGGUAGCUCCAGCUUUUUUAACGUCGGGGUCUUCUUGGUGAUACCUCGUUUCCCCCUGGCCCUCGCCAGACUCGCCCCAAAAGGUCGGUUCAUGCUGUCGUCGACGUUAAACCGGACUUUUGGGGACGGCCGAACGAUGGGAGCGGUCGCAUGUCGUUCACGUGAUUAAUAGUUUUUUAGUCAGAUUUUUUUUCAGAUUGGUGAGCACCUGUUUCGUGUCUAUGAUAGUACAAUAAUAUCCAUGUCGUAUUUUUGAGCGUUUUCUUAGCAUUCGUCGGACUUGAUGGUGUGUGUCUUCCUGUCUCCGCCGUCUCGUUCCGACGGCAGCAGUCUCUUUCCUGUCGUGCAAUGGGACGCGGGGGUCAGAUGUUCGUGCUUCUUUGUAGACCUCGGUGUCGUUUUGAGUACAUUAUUUUUCUUCAAAUUUUUAUUGUGCGGGUGAGCUUGCGCAGGUAUUGCGGGCUCUUAUUUUUCGUUGGAGUAGCGCUGCGAUACGCCAGGACUUUCCCCAUCCUCACUUCCGGCAGCAUGUAUGAUUUUGUUCCCUUUCGACUGAUCCGGAGAUCGACGUAUCGUGCAGCGGCUCUGGCUUUGUGGGGAGGUAGGUGGGACAAAGUGAAAUCCUCUUUUGAGAGUUUUCGGUUUGAGUUUUAGGCACUCAGAGUGUGUGCGGAGCGCUCUCAUUGGUCGUCUUCACGCUCGACGUUCUUGUUUGGUCGUACCCACCGCAGCAGACAGAUGGUUUUCAACGCCGUUGGACGGCCCAGGACGCGGUCAAGGAUAACUCUUGCAGUGUUAGAAUAUGGCGGCGGAGCAGUGACCCCUUCGAUAGCAGUAGCAAAUGUGGUCCUUAGUUUCGCCGUAGUGCCCUUUUGGCGAAAGGUAUUUUUUUGUGACACUAGCCUACAAUUAAUUGUAGCGCUCUCGCUUUUGCGCCUUCGCGUGCAUAGCGCUUGGCGUCGUUGUGGGUGAUGGGUUGGCUUUGUGUUGUUGUUGGGGGUGGGUCGGAUGACUGCGAAGUUGUAUCCGGAGUCGGUAUCCAGAGGCGCUUGUUGCGGUGUGUCACUUGGCGGUAGCUGUAUUUUAGGCGUCUCGAGCGCGGAGCCUUUACGAAACCGGUGGGUGCAGGCGGGGAGGGAUCUGAAGAACGUCUGUGUGGUCUGGCCGCGGUAGAUAGAUACAUACGCAUGUGUUUGUAGUGCCUUUUUAUUGUGAAUGUGGAAGUUCCCACCCUUUUGAAAGCCAUCGACUGGACGAGGAUGCUGCUCUUGACCCAUGUUCUUGGUCGAUAUGUUUUCACUCGUUUUUGAGUCCGCGGGAAUGAGUGUGGCGGUCGGCCUCUGGUUGACGCGGUGUGUGCCACGGCAUGCGAGUGUGAAAGAUAGGUCCACUGCACGGUUGGCUGUUCAUGAUCGUACCGCGCAUAGGGUCGCUCACACCUUUUAAGGCAACACGGUGUUGGUGUGGUGAGUCAGGUGAGAUCGAGCAUCCCUCGGGCUGCGUCGACCUUGCGCUUUUGGGUAUCAGAUUGGCCGUGCUCGUGCCCAACGCACAGUGAAAGGUCGAUUCCUGCUGAGGGAAUCCCCAGGUCGCCUGAGCGUGUGGCUGUGGGUGCCUCAUCUCCUGCCGCCUUGGCCUCGGGCGUGGUUCGAGCAAAUAGUGAAGACGUGUAGCAAUUUCGUGCCGACAUGCAGCCGUGCGCCGGCGUUUCCGUUUGCUUCCGGCGGAACGGCGUCGUCUUUGCAUCACAGCGCAGCGUGAAGGGUGACGACGGUGCUGCCCAAACCUGUUCUGUGAUUGUGUAGGGUAUCGAGACCUCUCCUGGCUGUCUUUGAUUGAUUGAAUAAGCAUUUUAUUCUUAUUUUUUUUAGUGCUGACGUUUCAUGGUCGUAUUUGCGUAAGGAGGCCGUGUCCGUGUGUUGUUUUGGUUAGUUUUGUUCCUCGUCGUAGUUGUGCCUUAGGUGUUUGUUAGCCGCGUUUGAUGCAUGCCUGUGCGUGUUUUCCCUGUCCCUUCCGUACAAAAGCUUCUACCCGAUCAUCCCUGUCGUGUGAAUGGAUCAUUGGGCGAAUUGCAUGGAAUAUGUGAUCUGUGUUGCCCACCAUUGCCAUGGUGGCGGGUAGAGGGGGGACAGGCGAUGUGCUGCAUUGAGCAUGGCGUGCGGUGGUGUUAUGUGUUGUCUGGCAGGACGUGAAACGUACCAUUCGGCCUUCUUUCGAACGUGGCGGUUGCGGCGCACGUGUCUUCGAGUCCGUAUGUGCGGCUAAGAAUGGCAGCUGUCCUAGGCUGCGCGCCCAGUCGCGAAAGUAUUCUGUCGGUCGCGUUGGAAUGGAGGGACAUGUCGCCGUGGAGCGGCUGCCCACGAACAGGCGGUGGGUAGCCCAUCCUUCGCUUAGCUGGUGUUGUACCUUUCCCUCUUGCCUUUUGUGAAGAUGUUUGUGUUAGUGGUGGUGGUUGAUGUAGGGCAGAGGGGAAAACCACGCAGUAGGACAUGUUUGUCUACGAACGAACUCGUAACGUGAGGGUCCAGUUCCUUACAGUCAACGGAUGGUGCAAGCAAUCGGUUGGUGAAUUCUCUCUUUGCCUGCGAACCGCUCGUAAGGGUACUGAUUU